GGACUCGGGAGGGAGGGUCUGAAGGAGCUCCGCAAGUUUUUCCUGCGGCUCGCAUUCUCUUUCGUUUCUGUUACUUUUAACAAAGAGGCAGCUGCUUAAACGCAUUUUCUGAUUUCCACCGUCACAUGAUGAUGUGGUGAUGUUAGACAUGGAGGAUCUGGAAAGCGAGGGCAGGUUUUUCCACAAGUCUUCAUUCAGCAUCAGCAGCCUGCUGUUCCGACGAGAGGGAGCGAUGAGUGAGUCGGCUACCGCCGGUACCGCGGUUCGCGACCCCCGCUCCCGCAGCGCUCAUCCAGCAGCGCCACCCGGUCCACAUCUGCCUCGCAUCCAGGAUGGAGAGAAACACACGGACUGCAAAGUAUCCCAAACUGGCGAGAGUGCACGAGGCAAUAUCCUGGAGGAGAAGCCGGUGUCUUGCGAGGUAAGCGCCAAACAAGACAAGGUGGCAUCAGAAGGCAGUGAAGGAGGUGGAGAAGCAGGGCACGCGGAGAAAGAUGAAAGGAAAGUAAAAUUCGAGAAACCGCCGUUUAGCUACAACGCGCUGAUAAUGAUGGCGAUCCGGCAGAGUCCAGAGAGGAGACUCACCCUCAACGGCAUCUACGAGUUCAUCAUGAGCAAUUUCCCCUACUACCGUGACAAUAAACAGGGCUGGCAGAACUCCAUCCGCCACAACCUGAGCCUCAAUAAGUGCUUUGUCAAGGUGCCCCGCAGUUACGACGACCCGGGUAAAGGUAACUACUGGAUGCUGGACCCCUCCAGCGACGAUGUCUUUAUAGGUGGUACAACAGGUAAACUUCGGCGGCGAUCCUCCGCCUCUUCUCGAGCAAAACUGGCCUUCAAAAGGGGGUCUCGGCCGGCACCCACCACCGCAGCCGGACUCGCAUUGGCCGGGUCAUUUUACUGGCCUGGUUCCCCUUUUCUGACCUUGCGACAGUCAACGCAGCCACACGUGGGGGGGUCGGCUCUCACCUACAGCUCGACGUACCUGGGAGCACAGCAGCCCAGCGGUACAACCUCGCUUCAUUCGCACACAUCACAGCGCCCGAGUGCGUCUCCUCCCUGCACCGAGCGAUUGCUCCAUGUGCCCCAGGAGCAUCCGCUUUUUGGAGUGAGAGGACACCACUCCCGAAUCCACCACCAUGUGUCCCCUGCCUCCUUCCCCUGCUCACUCAGUUUAUUCCCUGCUUCGACCGGUUACUUCUACUCGCAGCAGGUGAGCCAUCCGACGUCCAUGUGCGUGCUCUCUGCAGGAGAGGCGCCCCAAUCCAAGCCUUUUCCCAUCGGACACUUUUUAACCCCUCGGAAUGGAUCCCAGGAAUGUAUGGGCAAUCUUUGUGCGGAGCUUCCCAGUUACUUCUCUCACAACUGUCCCGUAGGCCCCGCCAACACCAUUUUACCCUGA